AUGCCCGGCUCGUCGCGCAUGCCCGUCAGUCUGCGCGAGACCUACAACUCGGUCAAGAAGGCUAGGCCCGCAGAUCCCCUUGCCCUCGUCAAUCUCGAGCUCUUCAAGAAUGUCAUAUUCUUUCUUUUCGUCUUCCGGAUAGUCCGACGCACCUGGUGGAAGCUCAAGGGCCGCGGCCUCCUUGGCACUUUUGCUGAGCUCUACCACGACGCCCGCCGUAUUCUCUAUGGCUACUUCCUCCGUGCUCCGGGUGUUCGCACUCAGGUCCGCAAGCAAGUAAAGGAGAGUCUCGCCAAGCUCGAAUCCAAAAUGGUGCCUGCCGACGGCACGAAGCUUUUCGCGCUGCCCAAGGAGGGCUGGACCGAUGACGCAGUGCGCCAGGAGCUCGAGGCUCUCGCCAACAUGGACCACACACGAUGGGAGGAUGGUUAUGUAUCAGGCGCCGUCUACCACGGAGAGUCUGAGCUGCUGGCCCUCCAGACCGAGGCGUAUGGCAAGUUCACCGUCGCCAAUCCGAUCCACCCAGAUGUCUUCCCUGGCAUCAGGAAGAUCGAGGCCGAAGUGGUCGCAAUGGUCCUCAACCUCUUCAAUGCGCCAGCGAAUGCUGCCGGUGUCUCGACAAGUGGCGGUACCGAGAGUAUCCUGAUGGCAUGCCUGAGUGCCCGCCAGAAGGCCUAUGCCGAGCGCGGUGUCACGGAGCCUGAGAUGAUCCUCCCUGAGACUGCCCACACAGCAUUCCGCAAGGCGGGCGAGUACUUCGGCAUCAAGAUCCACCUUGUUCCGUGCCCGGCUCCUGCGUACCAGGUCGACGUCCACCGCGUCUCCCGUCUGAUCAACACAAACACAAUCUUGCUUGUUGGCUCGGCGCCAAACUUCCCCCAUGGCAUCAUCGACGACAUCAGUGCCCUGUCCAAGCUUGCCCUGAAGCGUCGGCUGCCCCUUCAUGUCGACUGCUGUCUCGGUUCCUUCCUUGUGCCAUUCCUCGAAAAGGCUGGCUUUGAGACGGAGCUUUUCGAUUUCCGUCUCAAGGGUGUCACUUCCAUUUCCUGCGACACCCACAAGUACGGCUUCGCCCCCAAGGGCAACAGCACAGUGCUCUACCGGACCAAGGAGCUCCGCACCUACCAGUACUUCGUUUCUCCCGACUGGUCUGGUGGUCUCUAUGCCUCUCCCGGCAUUGCAGGCUCUCGUCCUGGUGCUCUCAUUGCUGGUUGCUGGGCCUCGCUUGUCCGCGUCGGUGAGCAGGGAUAUGUCGAUGCCUGUGUCAAGAUUGUUGGCUGUGCCAAGAAGAUUGUCGAGACCAUCCAGAGAUCGCCUACUCUGUCCGCCGAGCUCGAAGUCAUUGGCAGGCCCCUGGUGUCCGUCGUCUCCUUCACGGCCACCAACCUCGACAUUUAUGACAUUGCCGAUGCCAUGAACGCCAAGGGCUGGCACUUGAACGCCCUUCAGAACCCUCCGGCCAUGCACGUCGCUGUGACCAUGCCCAUUGUCAAGGUCUGGGAGAAGCUCAUGGCUGAUUUGGAGGCUUGCGUCGAGGCGGAGAAGGAGAAGGAGCGCAUCAGAAUCGUCGAGGGCAAGGGUGCCAAGGGCAAGGCGUCUGGUGACACGGCCGCGCUGUACGGUGUCGCCGGCAGCCUGCCCAACAAGGCGGUCGUGACUGAUCUCGCCCAGGGAUUCUUGGAUCUGUUGUAUAAAGUAUAA